AAUAUACGGCGGACGAAAAUGGCGGAUGAUAACGAAGAUCAGUGGUUGUAUGGCGAUUCAGUUGAGGGAAAGGAGUAUACGUCAACAAAUACUCAAUCGGAAAUUCAUCAGAAUGAUUCGGCUUCUGUUAAACUUCAAGAGAAAUCUCAAAUUUCGGAGGAUCAAAAAGUGGAGAAUGUUAAUGAGAACCCACCUGAGAUGCAGGAGGACACAAGCGGUGGCGGAGAAGAAUCUUUGCUGAACAACCUACAGGAAGAGAACACGGAUGCAAAUAAGAAUGGAACAAAAGAAGCAUCUAGCCAGGAAGAUGGCGAGGCACCUAGCGACUCUGAUUCCGACGAUGAUGUCCAUGUUGUUAUUGGUGAUAUCAAGUCUACUCCAGCGUAUGGUAGCUUAAACAUCAAGAGAGGCGGAUUGUUGACCAAUGCAUCUGGUGUGCCAGACAAAUUGAAUAAACAACCGGGAAAAUUCAGCAUAGAAGAGUUUGAAACGAUUGGUAUUAUCAAUGGAAUACCAGCUCAUGAAUUUAAUCUAGAUCAGUUAGAGGAUAAACCAUGGCGGCAACCUGGUGCGGACAUCACAGAUUACUUCAAUUAUGGUUUCAAUGAGGAGACCUGGCGUGCCUAUUGUGAACGACAGAAGCGGAUGCGGAAUGAGUCUGGAGUGGGAUUGAUACUGAACACUGGUAGUGGCGGCGGUAAUCAGGGUAGCAUGAGAAUGCCUCAGGUUGCGAUAACUAACGAUAAUAGCAAGUACUCAGGGAUCAUGGGUCCUAAGAGAGCAGGACCGCCGCCAGGACGGAAAAUGGCUGGUACUAUUGAUGUUAUUGGUAGUUCUGGACUAGCCUCGAGGAGAAAUCUGGACAAAUCGCCACCGAAAGGGAAUGUUAUACAAGUAAUGACCGCGGACAGGAGGGAAUACUCGAGAAAACCCGGUUUCCCUGAUAUGAGCGUGCCACCACCCGGUGCGGGUAUGCCACCGCCAUUCGACAUACCGCCGCCGGGGUACGCCGGUGAACCCACGUCUUUCUAUAUGCCAGACGCAGACCCAUAUUAUCAGAGUUAUGAACCGACACAGGACAGUCAAUGGGGCAACGAUCCGGUAAGGAAAUUGCGUUCACGCAAUGUAUCUGAAAAGACGUGGCAACCGACUAACCUUGCUAUCCCGAUGACCGAACACGAGGACGACAAGGACAUUGGACCUAAGACGAUACCCACUAUGGUGCCACCGACGUCAAUUCCGCCUCUGAUACAGUCCCGUGAUCAGAGGGACGGUAGGGAUCGUGAACGAGACAGAGACAGAGAGCGCGACAGGGAGAUGGAUUCCAUGGGCAGAGACAGGGAUAGGGAUAAAGACAGGGAACGCGAUCGUGAGAGGGAAAAAGAUCCGAUAAUAAGGGACCGUGACAGAGAGAGGGAAUCGAUGACGAGAGACGAGGAUCGAGAGCGCGACAGAUCCAGAUCUCAGUACCGGCACAAGGAUAGGCAUCGGCAUCGGUCAAGAUCUCGAUCUCGCAGGCACAAAUCGAGAUCACGUAGUCCGAGUAGGCGUAAGAAGAAAUCCAGACGUUCGGACAGAGAGCGCUCCAAGGAAGAAAGUGAAUAAUUUUAGUAAUUGCAUACAUACAUACCUGCGUACAUGUUACUACAUGUAUUAAUUGGUCGAUGGGCUAUUGUAGCGCAACUCGACUUUAUAGACCACUAAAGAGAUCUUUUCAUAACGAGAUGUUGCGGCUGUUAAUCUAUAAACCCAAAAAUGCUUGUGCGUAGAAAAUGCGAGCGAUAAUGCAAUUAAUUUACGGAAGGACGUUUUAGAUAAUGUAACUCGGGAAAUUGAGACUGGUUUCUAUUUGUAAAUUUACAAUAAACUGCACUUAUAAACCACACACACAUACACGUUUGUAUAUGUAUGUAUGUGUGUAUGUGUGUGUGUGUCUGUAUGUGCAUGUAGCUAUAAUAGUAUUUAAGAAACAUAUUCUUCGCUUCUUAUUGUAAAUCGUAUAAUUCAACUGUUUUAUUUCGCAAAAGAACAAAGAGAAACUGCAAAUUACAUGUUCCACAUUUUCAUGAGAUCUUUUAAUCGCAAAGAUUUGCAUUAGUGUGCCUAAUUGCAAAACAAACUUUGUUUUGCCGAAGUUAAUUGUUUGAAAACUACAAGUAGAAAAUAGAAUUAUGUUGAAUUAUAUGUGUAAAU